GUGGAAACGCUCUUUAAUGGAACUUUAGCUUUAGCGGGUCGUGAUCAAGAAACCACCGGUUUCGCUUGGUGGGCCGGAAAUGCCCGACUUAUCAAUUUAUCCGGUAAAUUAUUAGGAGCUCAUGUAGCCCAUGCUGGUUUAAUCGUAUUCUGGGCAGGAGCAAUGAACCUAUUUGAAGUGGCUCAUUUCAUACCAGAGAAGCCUAUGUACGAACAGGGAUUAAUUUUACUUCCCCACCUAGCUACUCUAGGUUGGGGAGUAGGUCCUGGUGGAGAAGUUAUAGACACCUUUCCAUACUUUGUAUCGGGAGUACUUCAUUUAAUUUCCUCUGCGGUUUUGGGCUUUGGCGGUAUUUAUCAUGCACUUCUAGGUCCUGAGACGCUUGAAGAAUCUUUUUCAUUCUUUGGUUAUGUAUGGAAAGAUAGAAAUAAAAUGACCACAAUUUUAGGUAUUCACUUAAUCUUGUUAGGUCUGGGUGCCUUUCUUCUAGUAUUCAAGGCUCUAUAUUUUGGAGGCGUGUAUGAUACCUGGGCUCCGGGAGGGGGGGAUGUAAGAAAGAUUACCAACUUGACCCUUAGCCCAAGCAUCCUAUUUGGAUAUUUACUAAAAUCGCCUUUUGGAGGGGAAGGGUGGAUUGUUAGUGUGGAUGAUUUAGAAGAUAUAAUCGGAGGGCAUGUAUGGUUAGGUUCCAUUUGUAUACUGGGUGGAAUCUGGCAUAUUUUAACCAAACCCUUUGCGUGGGCUCGGCGCGCACUUGUAUGGUCUGGAGAGGCUUACUUAUCUUAUAGUUUAGGGGCUUUAUCCGUCUUUGGUUUCAUUGCUUGUUGUUUUGUCUGGUUCAAUAAUACCGCUUAUCCUAGUGAGUUUUACGGACCCACUGGACCAGAAGCUUCUCAAGCUCAAGCAUUUACUUUUCUAGUUAGAGACCAACGUCUUGGGGCUAAUGUGGGCUCUGCACAAGGGCCUACGGGUUUAGGUAAAUAUCUAAUGCGUUCCCCAACCGGAGAAGUCAUUUUUGGAGGAGAAACGAUGCGUUUUUGGGAUCUGCGUGCUCCUUGGUUAGAACCUUUAAGAGGUCCAAAUGGGUUGGACUUGAGUAGGUUGAAAAAGGACAUACAACCUUGGCAAGAACGACGUUCCGCAGAAUAUAUGACUCAUGCUCCUUUAGGUUCUUUAAAUUCCGUGGGCGGCGUAGCUACUGAGAUCAAUGCAGUCAAUUAUGUCUCUCCUAGAAGUUGGUUAGCUACCUCUCAUUUUGUUCUAGGGUUCUUUUUCUUCGUAGGUCAUUUGUGGCAUGCGGGAAGGGCUCGUGCAGCUGCAGCAGGGUUUGAAAAAGGAAUUGAUCGUGAUUUUGAACCUGCACUUUCCAUGACUCCUCUUAAUUGA